AUGGCUUGUGAGAGUUUCCAAUAUGGUGGCUGCCUCGGAAACCACAACAAUUUUCAUACUGAAUGGGAAUGUAUCCAGACAUGCAGAACUGAGGCUGCCUGCCAUAUUCCAAUAGCCACAGGCUCCUGCAACAUGUCGGAAACCCGCUGGGCCUUCAAUGAGAACCAAAGCAAGUGUGUCACCUUCCAAUAUGGAGGGUGCAACGGAAACAGCAAUCACUUUUACACAGAGAAGGAGUGCAAAGACUUCUGUGGGGUGCUCAUAGGAGGUUGGUAG